AUGGCGGAAACUGUACUGGCUCUUCGGAUCAUCAAGACCAUCAUAGGUCUGCUGGGCAUUUUUGACAAUGGUCUGGUCAUCUUGGUCAUAGCCAGAGUGAAAUUCAUGCACUCGAUGACCAACGCCUUCAUCUGCCACCAGGCGGUCAUUGAUCUGGUAGGCUCCCUCCUGUUGCUCCUAGGAAGCAACAUCUCCGAUCCGGAUCCCUUCCCGGAGUCCACGGCAGGAGAGGUGCUGUGUCGGCUGUGGUCCGGGGACGCGCUACUGUGGCUCUUCUUCGUUGUGUCUACGUUCAACCUGCUAGGGCUGACGCUGGAGCGGUACUUCGCCAUCGUCUACCCGCUACGUUACCUCGCCGUCUUUGGGCGACGGACGGCCGCUGGCAUUAUGGUUGCUACCUGGGGCAUUGGCAUUGUCCUUAAGUCCUACUCCUUCCUGAUCUACACGGUGGUGGAUGGAGUCUGCAAGUUUCAGCGCAUCUCUGUAUCUCACUUCAUGGGUCCACUCCUCAUCUGCCUCCAGUACUUCCUCCCAGCCGGUGUGAUGUUCUUCUGCUACAUCCACAUCACUGUGUCUCUGAAGCGUAGCGCCAUGAGGGUAAUUCCCGCCCCCGCUCCUAUCACCAAACCCCAAAGUGACACAGAUGACCGGGCACCGAGCAAGCCCUCCCAAUGUCAAGCCGCCGCCGGACUGGUCGCCAACGACCCACAAAACGCGCUCUACCGUGCCCGCCGCAACACCUUCAAGACCCUGGUCAUCGUCUUUGUGGUUUUCCUGGUGUGCUGGAGCCCAAGCCAGAUCACCUUCUUUAUGUUCAACCUGGGAUGGUUCAAGUUGGAGUUCACAAGCCCUCUGAAUGUCUUUAGUACGACCAUGGUGGCUGCCAACUGUUGUAUCAAUCCCAUCAUCUACAGCUUUCAGUACAACCAGUUCCAGCGAGGCGUCAAGCAGCUUUUCCUUGGCGAGGCAGUGGUCCAGAACAGCUCCAGAACAUCUGAAUCCAAGCGUCAAGCACCCCGUAAUCAUGCCACAAAUUCAACUGCCAACAACUGA